UGUGUGUGUGUGUGUGUGUGUGUUUGGAGGGUUGGAGUUGGACCUGCAGACUCUGCAGCCAGUCGUUCAGCCAGUCGUUCAGCCAGUCGUUCAGCAGACACCAUGGCUCAGCUGGUGGAGUGUGUCCCAAACUUCUCCGAGGGUCGAGACAAAGAGGUGAUCGACGCCAUCUCCACCGCCAUCUCUGGCACCUCGGGCUGCAGCCUGCUGGACGUCGACCCCGGGGCCUCCACCAACCGCACUGUCUACACCUUCGUGGGCUCUCCUGAGGCUGUGGUGGAGGGAGCGCUGAACGCCGCCCGCCAGGCCUUCAGCCUCAUCAACAUGAGCAAACACUCAGGUGAGCACCCUCGGACCGGAGCACUGGACGUCUGUCCUUUCAUCCCCGUCCAGAACGUCACCAUGGACGACUGCGUCCACUGCGCCAACAUGUUCGGACAGAAACUGGCAGAGAUGCUGCACGUCCCCGUUUAUCUUUACGGAGAAGCAGCUCGAAGAGAGACGAGGAGGAGUCUUCCCUCUGUGAGGGCCGGAGAGUAUGAGGCUCUACCUGAGAAGCUGAAAUGUGAGGAGUGGGCCCCUGACUUCGGCCCCGCAGUCUUCGUACCGUCCUGGGGCGCCACGGUCACCGGUGCUCGGAAGUUCCUCAUCGCCUACAACGUGAACCUGAUCGCCACCAAAGAGCAGGCUCACCGCAUCGCCCUGGACAUCAGGGAGCAGGGCCGAGGGAAAGACCAGCCCGGGCUGUUGAAGAAGGUGCAGGGAAUGGGCUGGUACCUGGACGAGGCCAACCUGGCUCAGGUGUCCACCAACAUCCUGGACUACGAGCUGACCCCCCUCCACACCGUGUACCAGGAGAUCUGCAGGGACGCUGAGGACCUGAACCUCCCGGUGGUGGGCUCUCAGAUCGUGGGUCUGAUCCCUCUGAAGGCUCUGCUGGACGCUGCAGACUUCUACAUCAGCAGAGAGCGACUCUUCGUCGUGGAGGAGGAGCACAGAGUCCGGCUGGUCAUCAGCAAACUGGGCCUCGACUCUCUCGGCCCGUUCGAGCCAAAGGAGAGGAUCAUAGAGUACAUGGUGAGGUCACAGGAGGACAGCCAGCUGGUGUCUCUGCCUCUGCAGCAGUUUAUUCGGAGCGUCGGAGCUCGGACAGCAGCUCCUGGAGGAGGAUCCGUUUCUGCCGCCGUCGCUGCUCUGGGGGCGGCGCUGGGGGCCAUGGUGGGUCAGAUGACGUACGGGAAGAGGCAGUUUGAGAAGGUGGACGGUGUGAUGAGGAGGCUGAUUCCUCCGUUCCAUCAGGCCAUGAACGAACUGCUGCACAUGGUGGACGCCGACUCGACCGCCUUCAACAGCUACAUGGCGGCGCUGAAGAUGCCAAAGACGACGACAGAAGAGAUUCAGAGGAGAGAGGCUGCGAUGCAGGGGGGGCUGCAGAGAGCCGUGGGUGUCCCGCUGGCUCUGGCGGAGAGGGUCAGUGUCCUCUGGCCGCCUCUUAAAGAAAUGGUCGUCUACGGAAAUGUCGCCUGCAAGUCUGACGCUCAGGUCGCAGCUAAAGCUUUGGAGACGGCUGUUUUUGGAGCGUACUACAACGUGAUGAUCAACCUGAAAGACAUCAAAGACGAUGCCUUCAGAGCGGCUACUCAGAAAAGAGUGUCGGCCUUGCUGCAGGAGGCGAAGGACAGCACCGCCGCCGUCCUCGAAGCUGCUGAGAAAAGAACCUGAGAGGACAGAGCUGCUGCUUCUGCAAAGAUCCUCACCUGAAAAACCCCACAAAGGUUAUUGUUAUGAGCGCUGGUUCACAUGUGAGUUACUACAUGUUGUAAAUCCUGUCUGGAAUAAAAGCCUGAAAUG